AUGUUCCGCCGCAUAAUAACCACAGCCUCACCGGCACGCGCUUCACCCAAAGUACCAGCCAUCCUACCAACCCAACCAACAUGGCAAUCUAACUCCCGCCUCUUCACAACAACACCACGCCCAUCCUUCACAUCCACACCAACACAAAAAGACCCCUCCCCCUUCCGUCUCUCCUCAACCAAACCCGAGUCCUCCCCACCCCCAACCUUCGAAGAUGUCUACUACAGCCCCUACCAACCAAAGCGCCAAUGGCCACCGGAUAUGUCGAAACUAUCAGCUAAACAUCAAUUCCGACUUGAGCGCAAGUACCGUCGUCGCGCGGCGCUGAAAUACGCUCGGCCGAAGUUUAUGAAGGCUGUUACGUUGGGACAGUGGGUUGUUAUUGGAUUUGUUAUUAUUUACUCUGUGCUAUUCAUGGAAUGGGAGACGAAUGAUACGCCGUUCCAUGGUAUUCGGGAACAGUUCUUUGCAGGUCUUCGGAGUGUAUUUUCCAGUGCGCCGCCUCCUACUCUGAAGAGAGAUCAGAAGGAUGAUACUUCAGAAGGAGCGCAAUAG